UCCACUGAAACGCAUCUUCAAAAAAUCUUCAGUCACAAUGAAAGUAGUCGCUGUCUUUGUUGCUAUCGUAGCCGUAACUCUUGCCGCACCUGGUGCUGACCAAGAAGCUACCAUCCUCAGAAGUGAAUUUGACAAUAUUGGUGUAGAUGGAUACAAAUAUGCUGUAGAAACUAGCAACGGCAUCGCCCAGGAAGAACAAGGAAACCUCGCCAACCCUGGAACGGAAAACGAAGCUAUCCAAGUUCGCGGAUCUUACUCCUACACCGGUCCAGAUGGCGUUGUCUACACCGUCAACUACGUAGCUGAUGAAAAUGGCUUCCAACCUUCCGGAGCUCACUUGCCAGUAGCACCCCAAUAAACAAAAACCUGACUGCGAUAUUUUAUAAUAAAUGUACAAAAAUUAUAUGUAAAUACAAAAG